AGGAUUUGGGGAUUUUGCGCGCGAAAUGAGUUUGCACAUAGGUGCAGCGAUGCAAGCGAGGAUCGAGGGCACAAAGAAGUUCUGCACAGGCGCCAUUGAGGGCGCAAAGCUGGUCGUGCUGAAGGAAGAAGAGUGGCGAACGGCCACGAUGGUGCGGACUCAGGCACGUGUGUUCGAGGACGCAGGGGAGGAUGAGAACCGCAAGGCACAGAAGAAGUAUUGCGUGUACAAGUACAUCCGCGUGGGACAGAAUCUUGGUGAGAGGUUCCGUGGGAAUCACAUGUUGAAGUGCCUUUUUUGCGGCCACGAAUUUCAGGGCAACCAAUUCAUGGUGGGGCGCCAUUUCCGGCAGGGUAAGGGAUGUCUGACAGUGACUGACGAGGCGCUUGUUGACAUACACUACAACACCGACUACAAGCUGGACGGGAAGAUCCUUGAGCGGAUGCGUCGGUUUGAGGAGCUUCACAGUCCACAGCCUGCGAUGGAUCUGCGCCGGGACGAGGGAAGGGUGGGACAGGUGAGGGAUGACGAGGACGUGAUCGACGUGGACAACGUUGUGGAGGAGGGUGCUCGGGUGGGGCCGUCAAAGAAGGACCGAGGGAAGGGCGUUGUCUGCGAGCCUGGAGGGCAGCAAGGCCAAUACUUUAAGGAUGCGCAGGUGUCGGCUCGCGCACAAGCGCAUGUGGGUACGGAUGAGGCGGGACCGUCUACGGGGAAGAGAAAAGAGAGAGAGGAGGGGGCGCGGCCGGGAGCGUGGAAGAGGCUUAGACAAAAUACGAUAAAGGAGUCGUAUUGUUCACAGUGGCAAAUGGAGUUCGAGAAGAAGUGGCUGAGGUUUGUCUACAGUCAACGUCUGGCGUUCAACAUCUUCCAGAGCAAGCCGUGGUUGGACGUCGUCCGACACUUCAGGGAAUUGCUUGGGCCAGUGAAGGUUUUGUGGUCUUCGGAGAUCGAGAUUGCGGACAUAGAGACAGUUGUCCGCACGGCGGACGAUGUGGCGGCUGAUCUUGCGGAGGUCAGGGCUCCUUUCUAUGUCACUGGGGCCACCAUCAUGUCGGACGGUAGGAAGUCACGUGAUGCUAAACCCAUCGUUAACUUCCUUGCCGGCGGGUCUCGUGGGUUGAUGCUGGUCCGGACAAUGAAUAGGGAGGGUGAGCGGGACCAGGCGUCUGAUGUUUUGGCAGGUUGGAUCAAGGUGUUUGAUGACUUCCCUCCUAGGUGGGUGAACGCCAUCUGCACCGACUCUGCCUCGGCGUACGUCGCCGCGGCGAACAUGCUCCAGGGGCCUGAGCAGAGGCCAGAGCAUCGACGGAUCAUGUGGCUCCCAUGCGCAGUGCAUGUCUGCAACAAGAUAUUGUCAGACAUUGGCUGUUCGAGCUCGUGGACCAAGGACAUCAUCAUGCGGGGAAGAGCGGUGGUGUGCUUCAUUAUGGAGCACGACGCCGCUCGUUAUAUCUUCAAGAGGGAGAGCACGCAAAUGGGUCUUAUUUAUCCGUGCGAGACAGGUUUCGCAUCCGUGUUUGCGAUGAUGGAGCGUUUGCUGGCAGUGAGGUCGGCAUUGGAGAGGACGGUGGACAGUGAUAGUUGGGGUAUGGUCCCUUGGGACCGUUCCGUUCGACACUUGUCCAGGUGGGUCAGGUGGGAGGUGCUACAUGGCCCUUGGUGGGAUUCCAUGACCAUCCUGUUCCGUAUUAUGGAGCCUGUGUAUAACCUGCUGCGCAGGUUGGACCGUGGAGGGCUGCACAUGUCGCGGUUUGUUCAGUGGACACAGGAUGUGACCCGAGAGGCGACACAGGAGGUUCGCGUACUUCCGCCGGAUUUUGCACACUUCAUUGUGCAGAAGGUGCAGGCUCGGUGCGCUUACAUAUUGGAGCCAGCGCACGCCGCUACUCACCUUCUCUGUCCUAGCCGGCGGGGCUUGAGGUACUACGAGGGCGUAGUCAGCGAUUACGACGCGAGUUUGGUGAGGGAGGCGGAAGUUUACAUCUUGUCGCAGACAGGGUUCGAUGUGGCGAGCCCCAAGUACGAGACCGCAUUGCGCAGUUGCUGCGCCCCGCAGUUGCAGGUUAUCGCUCUUCGUGUCAUGUACAUGUGGACGUGCUCCUCUCCUGCGGAGAGGAAUUGGGCCGCCCACGAGGGUGUACAGACAAAGAAGCGUAACCGGCUUAAGUUUGAGAAGGUUGCGAAUUUGGUUGAGAUCUCAGCCAACGUCCUCCUUCUCUCUCCUCAGCGGGCAUGCUGCGGGUUUGCGCUGCCGUGGACUCUAGAUAAGUCCUUGUUGGACGUGGAGGCAAGCAUUGGGACUCGCCCCUCGUCGAAGGGGACGGACGACAGGAGGACGCAGGAGGAGCUGGAGUGUCAGAGCCGUUCGUGGCAGCGAGACCCAUGUGGGUCGAGAGCUCCUCCGGGUGAGGUCGCUGAUGUUUUUGGGACUCGAGAUGCUGCAUUGCGCCCGUACCCUAGAGAUGACGACUGUCACAGCGAUUACGAGGGUUGGGAGCAGGAGGACGAGCGGGCGGGCCCCACUGCUGCGACUACUGCCGCACAAGAGGUCUAUGAGUGGAGCGACCCGGAGGACGUCCGUAGACGGAGUGGUGGGGAUGACUUUUUCGGUGGAGUUGAUUUGGAGGGGGAGCGACUGCAUAGAUUGGUGAAGAGCCCUAGACAACGAUUAGAGGAGAGAUUAGCGGGCGGUCCUUCACUGGUCCAGGGGGACGAGAGAGAUAGAGAGGGGUCGACUGGUGGAGAUGGUGGUGCGUUGGCGGCAGGCGGAGGCGGUGUCGAGGUUGCUGCGGCGGUUGGCAGGGACGCGCUUGGGGAUUUUGGUGAGGAGUGGAUGCCGGCGGGUGGCGGAAGAGGUUUCAGUGAGUUUAGUGACUUGGGUAUGCCCCAUGGAGAGAGCGAGUCCCGAGGGACAUCAGUGUCGGCAUGCAGGCCGUAUUGGGACAAAUCGGCGCCCUACGUGAGAGACAGGCGUGACGGAGACAGAAAGGAGACGCCGCAAACUUUGGUGGUUCGCACGGCUGUGGGGCCGGUGGUGCCAUAUCAAGUAUCGUUUCUGGUGGAUCCUGGGCGUCGUGCACAUGACGGUGGCCCGGUCACGGAGCGACGAGUAGACAGGGGCACGUGCGCACCUCCCGUCCCUACUUUUGCGCCGUCAUGGGAGAGGCCGCAGAUUAGGUAUGUGGCCACGCCUCGCGGCAGCCUCCCAUUUGGAUGUAUGACUGCUGAGGAGUGGGAGGCGCACGACAGGAUGGAUUUGACCGAGACCGACAGGCGCUGCUUCAGGAGGCCUCCGCAAGCGGGGCGCCUGCCUCACAUGCAGGGUUUGUCUUCUCACCCGCGAGCGGGUUAUGGUAUCACUGAAUAUCUGGAGAAGUGGGAGCUUCACGCCAGCCGGAGUCAGUGGUCGGAGGAAAAAAUUAUAGAGAACUUCCUAUUUAAUGUGGACCCAAGUCUCGGUAGGGAAGUUAAGGAAGCUCGACCGAAGGAUGGGAAAUGGACUACGUACAAGAAGAGCCUUGUUGAGCUUUACAAAUUGGAGGAUAACAAGUAUUCCAUCAAGGACCUUGAAACAAUGGCUCAAGAUGAAGAUGAGAGCGUACGGGCAUUUAGGAUGCGUUUCCAAAAGAUCUUCGACGUGCUGAUGAAGAAGGGGAAGAUCUCAGAGGUCGAGCGCUGUACCAUCUUCAUUGGACACUUGUCCAAAGGUAGGCAAAAGAGUAUACUUAGAGAUCUUCCGCGUGACAGGCUUGAUUUCUCAGAAGUUCUAAAGCUCGCGAUAAAGGCAGAGGCAGACGAUUACAAGGACUUGGUGUGGAGAGGGAUGAGGAGAUGUGACUUCUCUCUCUACAAGGAGUAUGCCACUGAUAGAUGUCCAGAUUUCAAGGACUAUCCUUGGUCAGAAAAGAAUGAGGCCGUGGCUGAGGAAGUGAAGGAGAUACGGGACAUGGUGAAGGGAUUAACGAGACAGGUUAACGAGAUUGUGACCGCUACAGGGGCCACGACCUACCGGGAAAAACCUAGAGGGCCCUAUUCACUUCGCUGGGACCGUAGGAACAACGAUCCUUGGAAGAGUAUCGAGGAUAGAAAUCCUCGGACGCUGACCGAUUAUCGUACGAGAGGAAGAGAGAGAGACGAUGAAUCAUGGCGACGUAAGGACGAUGAGAUAGACCGAGACCGCAGAGAUCGCGAGCUGUUUGAGCGAGCAAGGAGGCUAGAUAAUUACCCCCGAAGCCCUCGCUAUGAGGCCGAUCGGGGUAGAGGCGACUCCCGCGGCCGAUGGGAGACAGAACAGAGCCGACGAGAUGGAUAUAGGGACGACAGAUAUGAGAGAUCGGACCGAGAUGGAUAUAGGGACGACAGAUACGAGAGGUCGGGUCGAGAUGGCUACAGAGGAAGUAGAUAUGAGAGAGAAGAUCGGGACUGGGAACGACAAGAUGGGUCACGCGGACGGUUUGAGCGCGGGGGAGAUGCGAAAGAGCAGCGCGACGAGACGCGAGGAUGGUACAACCGAGGGGACCGAGGAGAUGAGUCACAAGGACGAUAUAACUCGGGGGACCGCCGGGAUGAUUCGCGAGGGCGGUAUGACCAAGGAGGGUUUGGAGGAGACCGGCGCAAUGAUCCGCGCGGUCGGAAUGAGAGAGGGGGAUAUGGCGUUUCAUCAGAGCCAUAUCCCAAGUCGCCUGACCCCAAAGUGGCCAGGAGUUCGAUCUCUAGAGGCACAGACGACAGGGCAUCUACUCCGAGGAACUCAUGCGUCUACUGUAGAGGAGAAAAUCAUAUCAAGAGGGAUUGCCCGGACCUUAAACGGGCAAUAGAAGAGGGACUUGUCGUGCUUGACGACCGCAAGUACGUCAAGUGGGCAGAUGAUCUCGGAGAUGUAUCGAUGUUCCCUUCGAUGAAGGAGAAUGUCGAAGCAAGGAGAAAAAAGACGAGUAAAGGAAUGGAGCCGGUAAGGAGUCCGAGCAUCAAGAUAAUCUUUAAAGAGGAUAUCGCGACCACACCCAUAAGGGUGGCAGCCACCAAGUCGGCAAGAGGGUCUACAUCGAAGAAGACUGACACGGAUUAUGUGAUGACGGAGAAGGACGGGCAGCGGGUCGAUGGAGAGGAGGUUAUCCUUUCGCCGCGAAAGCGGGGAGUCAAGAAGUUCUUAAUGAAGAGUUCGUUGGACGAGAUUGACACGUGCUCUAUUCUGGAGUACCUGGCGGCAUCGAAGCUGGCUCGUGAUGAAUUACAGAUGAUCACGCGGAAGACUCGCAUACCUCUAUCAGAGGAGGGCCAGGGGGCCCCUAAAGCGGAAGCUUCUACAGUAGCGGUAACGGGGGUGACUGCCAGAGCGGAUCGCAUGGCGACAGUCCUUCUCGAUGGAAUGGAAGGUGUGCCUCCAGACAAGUUUUAUAUACUUGGUAGCGGGGCCGUGGAGACGAUUAUAAACGAGGAAGCGGUACUCGAAGCUGUGAUUGAUAACGACAGUGAGGCUGUCAUUAUAGACGAGGACCUGGCGGUACAAGUUGGACUGGGCCUCGAUAGGUCAUACCUAUUCGAGAUAGAGACGGCUGAUGGGAGAAAGCAACAGAUCACUGGGGUUUGCCACAAGGCAGUCAUAGAGGUCCAAGGGGUGCGAGUGACCCUGCCUGUCUUUGCAGUCAAGAACUGCAGCUCCGACCUGCUCUUGGGACGAACGUGGCUGAGCCACGUGCAUGCGGUGACGAUAGAGCGACCUGAUGGGAGCCAAACAUUGUCCAUUAAGAAGCCAGACGGGACGGGGGUAAUGAUUGAGACAGUGGAGCCUCGGGACCCGAGGAAUAGAGCAACUCUCGCUGUGGGUGCAAGACCCAGUGAUCUGAUUAAGUCGUUGCCUAUCUCCAGCCGCGCGGUGCGAUUUCGCGAGAAGAAGUAUGGACCACUGCUCACAGAAGAAGAAGGUCGGAUGGAGGAGGUCGAAGACUUAGGGAGUUAUGAUGAGAUACCGCUUGACACUAGGGACAGACACCUCACGGCUAUGCAUACACCAUUGGGACUAAUACAAAUGAUGGUCGUUCCUAUGGGUUGGACUAAUGGGGUAGCCGUUUUUCAGAGAGCCAUGGUAGCCGUCCUCAAGGACUUCAUCCCUGAUAAGGUUGAAGUUUUCCUGGAUGACUUUCCUAUUAAAGGGCCAGUAGACAGGGAUGAGACAGAGGUUGUAUCUGGAGUUAGAAGAUUCGUCAAGCAGCACCUAACAGAUAUUUGCGCCGAACUCGAGCAGCUGGACGAUGCGAAUUUAACAGUCAGCGGAACAAAAAGCCGAUGGGCCGUUUCGACUAUUAAGAUCUUGGGUUUUAUCUGUGAUUCGAGAGGAUGCCGAGCGGAUCCGGCGAAGUUAGACAAACUUUUGAACUGGCCCUCACCGUUACAUAGCCCAACCGAGGUCCGACAGUUUCUAGGAGUGGUUGGUUACUGGCGUAUUUUCAUACGAGGGUAUGCGGAGAAGGCUGAACCAUUGAGGUUACUCCUUCGAAAGACUGAGAAAUUCUACUGGGAUUCUUCGCAGGAACUCGCAAUGCGAGAACUUAAGGACGAAUUUAAGGAAGGAGGACGGGUGUUGGGCGUGCCAUUCUUUGACGAUGAGACCGAGAGACCCUUCAUAGUAUCCACGGAUGCUGGAUCAUGUUUAGUGGGUGGUUUGCUGUCUCAGAACGACGCUGGAGGGAAGGAAAGACCGUUAAGAUUUGAGAGUAGGACACUUAAUACGGCUGAGCGUAACUAUAGUCAAUUCAAGAAGAAAGUUUUAGCUGUUCUUCGGCCAGUAGGGUCGGGAAUGCCCUUACGAGUAGUCUGUGAUCCUGAAGAAAGACAGACAAUAGUUGCGGAACUUCACGACGGGGGAGUCGGAGGACACAUGGGAGUUAAAGGAACCUAUGAAAAGAUACGCCGGCUGUACUGGUGGGAAGGACAGUAUAAGGACGUCGAGAGGUACUGCAUGACAUGCGAAGAGUGUCAGAAGAGAGCUCUUGUGAAAUACAAAGAGCCACUUCACCCAUCCUAUCCGACCAGACCAAGACAGAAGGUACACAUUGAUCUAGUGAAAAUGCCGAGAGGGGUAGGCAAUAUGAACUACGUCGUGAACAUACGAGACGAUUUCACUGGGUUCGUGGACGGUAGACCCAUCAGGAGUAAGGCAACAAAGGAAGUAAAGAGCUUUGUCCUAGAGUACUUAUCUAGGUAUGGUUGUGUCAGCAAGAUAGUGAUGGACAAAGGGGCGGAAUUCCUAGCCGACGAGGUCCAGAGCGUGUUUAGAAAAGCGGGUGCGAGAGUUUCAAUAGCCACCGCCUAUCACCCACAGUCGAACUCCCCAGUAGAGAGGGGACACCAGACUCUGAUAGCGUCACUGUCCAAGUGGUGCAAGGGUAAGGACAGUGAUUGGCCACGAUAUUUUCGAUACGCAAUAUGGGCGGACAACGUCACGGUCCGGGCUAGUACCGGAUACCCAUUGUACACCUUGUGGUUUGGGCGACAUUGUCCGCUUCCCAUAGAGUUUCACGUGGACAGUUGGACAACCGUCGACUGGGCAUGGGAGAUGUCCAGAGAGGAACUCUUAGCUGCUCGAACAAGACAGAUAGCCUACGGGUUGGAAGAUAACCUUAUGACAGCAGCUGGUCGUCUGGCAGUGGAGAGGGACAAGGGUAAAGAGAGAUGGGAUAAGAACGUCAGAAUCAGGAAAGAGAGGGUGAGCGUAGGAGAUAUGGUCCUUCUCUACGACGCGGCACUGGAGAAGACCUGGACCGGAAAGCUUGCCAAUAGGUGGAUGGGACCUUACAGAGUGGUUGAGGCACUUGACCGGGGACUAAGAGUGACCUUGCUGAAUGGGAUAACCCUGCUGGUCGCUGAGGACCUCGGAAGCGGGCGCGGCGAAGUGACAGGCGCCGUAGCCCAUGGCUUCAGCGAACGGUAGGUAGCUCCUCCCCGGGUUUCCUCACACCGUGUUCCAGUCCCCCCCCAUAAUAGUAAAUUCCCACAUGGGGAUGAGCUGUUUGAUGGACUUGAUAAAUUGGGCUUUGCCUG